CUGUAUACCCCGUUUGUUUUCCUUUUUGCGCAAAAAUUACAAUUCCUUAAAAUAUUAAUGUCUGAUGGUGUGUUUUAGUAACAAUGGAUAAAUCAAACGAAAGAAAAUCUGUGAAAAACAUAGAUUCAUCGUUAUAUGUAUUCGAUAAAGAAUUUUAUCCAGAAACCUGGAAGGAUGAUUUCAUAAUGAGUGGAUAUUUGUACAAAUUUCGUCCUAGAGAAGUCAAUGCUGAGAAUUAUGACCAAAAAAUGAGAUUCUGGAAGGAAAUGAUCGAAAAUUACUGCGAAUACAAAGGAUCAGCUGACGUCACAAUCCAGGAACUGAAGAGAGUAUUCAAAAGAAAAGGGACUGUUCCAUAUUGCUUGUCAGAUGUAUUGAACAGUAUGUCAACUGAGAACAGUGUGAUGGCUAAAGACGAUUUCAUGAGCGAGCAAAAAUCUUUAGCAAGUUGGGCUGUAAAUUCUCUUAUUGUGAAGCCAAUGAGCUGGGGAUUCGGAAAAAUCAAAGAGACAUUAAUCGGAAGUAACGCUAUCAAUGAAGAAACAACAUUUGUUGUUAAAAGUGCCUUAAUUUAUCAAUCAAAAAUACUAGAAAAACAUGUUAAGGACCGACAUAGCUACAACAACAUCAUCUCGAUGGAUGAACUUAUGGAAAAUCUUCACGAAAUUGAAGGCUUAUCUCGAGAUGGAGUUUUCCUCGCAUUACAUCAUCUUUCUUCUGUUGAAAAACGAGUUUAUAUUGAAGAUAACAGAGAUGAAAACGAAUCAACUACACAUCACAAAUUGCUCAUGAAAUUUUGCGAGCCACAUGAGAAACUUCAACCAAUUACAGAAAUUGAAAGAAGUAUUUACAACCUCGGACAAACCGAAAAAUUUCUUAUAAAAACUAUCGACAAGAAAGAAAAAGAUUUGGACGACACUUUAAAGAAAGUCAAAAGUUCUGUCAAGGAUGGAAAGAAACAAAUCGCGAAAACAUUUUUACGUAAGAAACAUUUGAUAGAAAAUGAUUUGAUUAAAAGCAUCGGCAUUCUGGAUAAUGUUCAAGCGAUGUUGCAGAAAGUGCAAUCAUCGAAAAGUGACAAAGAAAUAUUUAAUGCUUAUAAGAUUGGAUCUGAAGCUAUUAAGAAGGCAUUCUCGGAAGAAGGAGUCAAUCUGGAUAAAGUUCACGAUGUCAUUGAAGAUAUGCAAGAGAUUUAUCAAGACCAGGAAGAAUACGAAGCUGCCAUUAGUGAACCUUUACGUGGACCUAAUGCAAUCGACGAUUCUGAUCUUGAGAGAGAACUCAUGGAGCUGAUAAAUGAAAAAGGAAAUGAAGUUGAAAAUAAUCAGAAGCCUGGCAAUGACGGCGGACAAAAACCAAAAACAAUCAUCACAGAAAAUGUCACAGAAGACCUCGAAUCACUUGAUCGUGAACUUGAAAUGCGUCUUAAACGUCUUCGUUCUGACUUAUCCGACAUCGAUGAAACAAAUCCUCAAGAAGUCACAACAAAUACUCGAAAAGCUGGAGUUUUACAAUAACUUUUUUUGAAUAAGUUUGCUCAUAUCUUCUUCCUUACUCUGACUAAUUAACAACAAUUUCAAAGACUUAAUAAAAUUUUCAUACUAAUUUCAUGACGUUGAAAUCUAAUUUUUUAUUUUAAAUAUUUACCCACUGCAAAUUAUAAUUUCAAGUACUCAACUCAAAGAUAUUUUCCAGCUACUUACUCCCAAAACUUUCAAAAUAAUUUCAGAGAAAAUUGCAUGAUGAAUAAUUAACAAAUUAUGUGAUUAAAAAAGUAUGUUACAGGAAAGAAUCGCUAAUUGUGAUGAAGAGAAGAAAGAGUUAAAUGAACUCUCAUUGAUUGAUG